AUGAACUUUCUUGGUUUCGCUUUCCCCCUGGCGUUGCUUGUAGCAGUUCAGCUGACCACUUUUACAUGGGCUUCAACGAAUGUGACAAAAACUUCAGGUAAAGGUAAAAAGGGUUCCCUUUAUUUCCAAUCCCUUUCGCACGCGCAAACUGUAUUCAUUGGAUUAAGCGUUGCUCCCGAAUUAGCCAUAUGAGACUAUACCUCAAAUGCGAGCGGGUGUGCAAAGUUUGUCUGAGGCACCCUUGGAACUUAUUUUACGGCGAGGAUUUUUUUUCUCAGUUUCAAACGCUACAGUUCUUCGGUAGACAUAGAUUAAAGGGCGGUAGUUACUUUUACAAUUUUUCAAACAUAGAGCAAGCCUGUUCAAGCGGUGGAUUCUGUGUGGGUUGUUAAUUCGAUUCCGAUAAUAGAUCUAAACGUAAACCUCCACAUAUUGAUUUUUGAUCGACAAAUUUUGAACCAUUUACUUCUAGACAAAAUUAAACUUUGAGUAACACUAUCUGUUACUUGCUGAAAACAAUUUACAGUGGAACAAAAGAACUUAUGAUGGACUUAAAUUUUCAUUUGACGGAAGUUUUUUCUUAGAGAAUUUUAGUAAUUACAAGCAAAUCACUCCAUCUUUACGAUAAGAAGAAAACUUAGAUAUUUGGUGUACGCUCGAUGGUCGAGCAAAACGCAAUUGAAAAUUGACCUUUGUUUCGAGUUUUCGUCUUUUUUUAUUAAUAUUGUGAGGAUGGCAGAUAACUUAGCGAAAGUUAGAUAAACGUUGAAUAAACUGAGGAAGGUUACGCUAGUCUUCAAAGAAGUUUCCACGGUAAGUCAGUCCUCCGAAGAAUUGAAAGAAAAAAGAGAGCCUCCUUCCUCAAACUCUUUGGUCAGCUUUCAAUUUUGGUCUUCAUGGCUGAUGAAACUUGUUACAAAGAUGUUUUCAAAUUUCUCCUAACCGUAACAAUACAUCAUUAAUUCUGCAUUAGGGAGCAACCAACAUUUAUCAUAUGGGGAGGGGAGCAAUGAAGGGUGGAAGAAGGAUUUUUGGGGGCCAAAAGCUUCACAUUUUAGAUGGAAACAUAGUACUUAGUGGCCUAUUUGUCAGCUGAAAAUGUUCGGUUGCUAUGUUUUCCCGAGAGGAAGCUAAAAACGUUUGUAAAAAUAUUUCCCUUAAAGGUAUUUAUUAACUAACAGGUUGCCUCGGGCAAAACAUUUCCAAAGGUCAUCAGCAAUGGAGUCCAAAUCAACUGGUUAUUCAAGCAGACCGAGUGUAAUAAAAUACUUUAAAAGCUCUUCUCUAUUUCCUGUAGGUAUUCACAUCUUUUGUUUCAAGCAGUCCUUUUAGCUUUGAAGAGAGAUUUUUGCAAUUCGAUGACAACAUUAGAUGUCAAAAAAAAUUUGAGAUAAAGUCAACCAUGAGACCGUUAAGAUGCCAUGAAUUCCUCUGUGGUAACUGAGCCCAAAUAGAUUAUGUCAGGAGCACAUUACUUGGCUCCUGACUAUGUAUAUAAUGUAUUCUAUCACAAAAAUCUUAAAAGCCCAGAAGAACAUAACAUAGUGAAGAGAUCACAACAGCUAAGCAGUCGAGAAAAGCCUGGACAGCUGUACCCCUUUGUGACGAUACGGUGAAGAUGAACUUUCUUGGUUUCGCUUUCCUCUUUGCGUUGCUUGUAGCAGUUCAGCUUAUCACUUUUACAUGGGCUGCAACGAAUGUGACAAAAAUCUCAGGAAAAGGUAAAAGGAUGUUCCUUUUAUGUCGAAUCUCCUUCUCACACGCAAACUGUAUUCAUUGGAUUAAGCGUUGCUCCCGAAUAAGCACUCUGGGACUGUAACUCAAACGCGAGCGCGCGUGCAAAGUUUGUCUGAGGCACCCUUCGAACUUAUUUUACGCGGAUAUUUUUUUCUCAGUUUCAAACGCUACAGUUCUUCAGUAGACACAGAUUAAAGGGCGGUAGUUACUUUUACAUUUUUUCAGACAUAGAGCAAGCCUAUUAAAGCGGUGGAUUCUGUGUGGGUUGUUAAUUCGAUUCCGAUAAAAGAUCUAAACGAAGACCUUCACAUAUUGAUGUUUGAUCGACAAAUUUUGAAUUAUGUAUAGACAAAAUUAAACUUUGAGUAACUAUCUGUUACUUGCUGAAAACAAUUUACAGUAGAACAAAAGAACUUAUGAUGGACUUUAAUUUUAAUUUGACGGAAGUUUUUUCUUAGAGAAUUUUAGGAAUUACAAGCAAAUCGUUGCAUCUUUAGAGGAAGAGAAAAACUGAGUUAUUUGGCGUACGCUCGAUGGGACGAGCAAACGGUCAAUUGAAAAUUGACUUUUGUCUCGAAUUUUCUUUUUUUUUAAUUUUUAUUUUGUAAGGAUGGUAGAUAACUUAGUGAAAGUUAGAUAAAAGUUGACUUAACUGCGGAAGGUUACGCUAGUCUUCAAAGAAGUUUACACGGUAAGUCAGUCCUCCAAAGAAUUGAAAGAAAAAGAAAGCCUCCUUCCUCAAACUCUACGGUCAGCUUUCAAUUUUGGUCUUCAUGGCCGAUUAAACGUGUUUCAAAGAUGUUUUCAAAUUUCUCCUGACCGGAACAAUGCAUCAUUAACUCUGCAUUAGGGAGCAAUCAACAUUUAUCACAUGGUGGGAGGAGGGAAUGAGGGAUGGAGGAAGGAUUUCUGAGAGCCAAGAUAUUAUUUUUGGGGGGGAGAGGGGUAAUAUGAUUUUCAGGAGAAUGAAAGGGGGAUCAGUCGUUGCUUUCAGAGUAUAAAAGGAGAACAAUAGGAAAUCGAUUGUAAAUGAGUGGGGAUUAUUAGAAUACUACACCCCCUUCUCCCCCCUCCAUUUCCCUGGCCCUCCUUUCUUCCCAGUCGUCAUCUUCUUUCAAAUGAAGAUGCUCUAUGAAGGAUAAGCAUAUAGCAUAAUUUUGAGAAAAGUGUGAUAAUAUGAAUAAAAAGACGUUUUCUUGUGUCAAAGAUUAUGAUGAGCAAGGAAAAUACCUGGGUGAACAACCACUACGUCGCAUGUUACCAGCAUGCAAUCUUAACACAUUCUCAUUGCGUGGUGGUAAACCAACCUUUCCAGAGCAGCUAGGUGUCACCCGUCCCCUCUGCCAAGACAAAUAUUACGCCACUCUCCACGAUAAUAAUUUGGGAAUUGCACGUUACGCACUCUACAAGAUUACCGCCGAAGACGCCAUGAAACCAAAAGUACCAAGACCUCAAGGUGACCCAUGGCAACCGAAUCAGACGCCGGGUAAGGUCACUAGUGUUACUAUUAUAAUUUACUUUUGUGAUAAAAAAAAUUUAGGAAAAAAUUAUACAUUCCUUAUUCUAGUACCGCAACGCUUUGCCAUUUUAGGACAAAAGAACGCACUAGAUAUGCCACAGUAUUACACUGUAGAACUAAGCAAAAAUGCGGACAGCAGGCGAGCGAAGUGGCUGCGCUGACAAACCAAACUUUCUUUCGCCUUUUGGGACUAGCUUUUCAAGAAACAAGUUCCCAAGUGUACCAGGUUUUGCAUCAAAUGGUCACAAAGUCUACUUUAAUGGUUUCGUUCGUGCUGUUUUCGUCUUUCACGCACUCCUUAUGCAAUCGAUAAGUUGUUGAGAUGAGGUCGAGUGUUUCGUAAACUUAAAUUUGAAACGCUAGAAAAUACAUGUAUAUAUGUUGCGAUAGGGGGAAAAACAGAGAGACCAUACUUUCAUCCCUACAAGCCUGCUUCGUGAUUGAUGAGUGAGCUGUCACGAAUCAGGCUUGUAGGGAUGAAAGUAUGGUCUCUCUGUUUUUUUCCCCUAUCACAACAUACAUCGCGCUCUACUUCUACGUAUUAAGCACUGUAAAACGGAUAAAUCAAUACACAGACUUCCCGUAUAAAUAUAUAUAUAUUAUAUAUAUAUAGAUAGAUAGAUACAUUUAUACAUACAUAGAUACAUAGAAAGAAAGAUACUAGGUAGAUAUAGAUUUACAUAAUGCGUCAUUACACUAUCACGCCAUUUUACCACAUUAGGACAACAGUACACGCAAAAAAUGCGACGGUAUUACACUGUAGAUACAAUGAGGCAAAAAUACGAAUGGAAAGAGCAGAAACUUGCGGGAAAAGUCAUGCAUGAUCGAUGGUUUAAUCAUGUUGAGAAAAUCAUUUCUUUGACUUAUCUGAGACCUUUCACUUUAACACCUUGUAACUAUGAUCGGGAGGGUAAGAACUUUAUUUACCUAGCGGAUCAAUCGGGAACAAAAUUUCUUGUGAGUGACAUCAGUGUACUUUAAGCCUGUCGCAUGUUCUGGAAUUCAUCAAGGAGGCAAAGCAUUGUAUCAGAACCACCCCGGUUCUGGUCUUUUGGUCUUUCACGCAUUCCCUAUGCAAUCGAUAAGAUGCUGAGAUGGGGUUAUGCGAGUAUUUCGUUUUCUCAUCAAAAGGAGACACUUUUUGAUGAGAAACUAAACAAAAGAUUUAUUGUAUUUUUUUUUUUUUAAUUGCAACGUUUUUUAAUGCGAGUGUAUAUACAUAUAUAUAUAUGAAUGUGUUUUUAUAUAUAGUUAGAUAGAUGGAUAGAUGGGUGAGUAGUUAGAUAGAUAAAUAUUUGGUACAUAUAUACAUUUACAUUAUGGAUCAUUAUUCUAUCGUUCCAUUUUACCACGUACAUUAAGGCAACGGUAAACGCAAAACAUACGACGGUAUUACACUGCAGGUACAAUGAGGCAAAAAUACGAAUGGAAAGAGGAGAGACUUGUGAGAAAAGUCGUGCAUGAUGGGUAUAUCAUUUUAAGCAAACAAUUUCCUUGACUAAUCUGAGAUAAUUCGCUUUAACAUUUCGCGACCGCGAUUGGGAGGGUGAAAACUUUACUUGCCUAGCGGAUCAAUCGAGAACGAAAUUUCUUGGCUUGUGUGUGACAUAAGUGUACUUUAAAACUCUCUCAUGAUCAGGGAUUCUUCAAGGAAGCAAAAAAUUGUACGAGAACCAACCUUUCCAGGGUAGAUACGAGAAAGGCCACCUAGUUCCUGUUAAAAUCUUGCGUUACAGCCUUGAAAGUGUCCUUGCCACAUUCAUCUACACUAACUGCGUGCCGCAAAUUGCAAGUUUCAACGGAGGUCAGUGGAAAAGGUAUGAACAGAGAAUAGAGAAAUACGCCCGGAAAACUUGUUCUCCGAACGGUGGAACCCUUUUCCUAAUCACUGGUACAUCGAAGGUUAAGUUUCUCCGGAAACGUGAUCGUCAAGGUAAAAUAAAAGCACCCAAAGGGAUGGAACCUCUGCAGUGGUUCCAUAACAACGUGGAUGUAAACAAGAAUCUCGGACCAAAGAUCGCAAUUCCAAACUCAAUGUGGACGGUGGGCUGUUGUUUGAACUUAAAAAAGAAUAAAGUCGUGGGAGCGUUUGGUGUAAUGGGUGAUAAUUCUUUAGACCAACAGCUCUUAAAUGAAUUUAUGAUGUCCGAACAAAACGUCGCAUAUGUUGAAAGCGCCCUUCAAUUAGAGGAUCCAAAUAUUAAGUUGUUUCCUAACGGCGACGAUUGCUAUGAGCCAGAAAAAAACGUUCGAUUGAUUGAGGUAUGAUUUUAUUAUGUCCCUUGAAAGGAGCAUAGGUAAAUUCCCUGACAGGAAUCUGAGGGGUAUCUUGCAUGAAAUAACUGGAUUCAGAUCAAUGCUCAAUUUUUAUCAUAUCUCAAUUAAUACGUGUGCUAUGAUCGGUCAAUUAAGCGGGCCAUACCUCACUGUACGCCUCCCUAAAUUCAAAACUUUGUUUAAGUUAAAAUCUUCUUCAUCUAUUUGAACCCGAAAAUUUAACAAAUAUCUUAGUAACUCGUUUUUUUCGGGCUGUACUGUUAGUUACGAACUCGGUUAUAACUGAAGAGGUGUUUAGAGCUUGUAUUUCUAUCCUCUAAGUUCAAAAUAUGCAUGCUACUUUAUAUGUUAAACAAUCUAUAUUGUAACGAAGAAGUGGAAUCCACGAGUCAGUUAACUGGGAUCUAAGAAAUUAAACGAAAUUUGAG